AUGAAGGCCAAGUGUGAUUACAUCAGUAACUCAUUAAAUCCUUAAGUGAUAGGAAAUUCUUUAGAGUUUGGAAAAAAUUUAAAUACGAUGGAACUGUACUUGGAUAUAUAGAGCUGGAAAAAUGAUUAUCUCUAAUUUGCUUCAAUGUUUAACUCCAAUUAUGGAGGUUUACCAUGUUGGAUUUAGCGAUAUUAAUCUAAAAUGAUAUUCAUGUUGAUAAGGCUUUUAAUUUGUCUUCACAAUUCAAAAUCAGUUGUGGAUUGGUUAGUAGAGAUAACAAGGGAUCCUAAACAUGAGUAACCUUUUUUGAUGACCAUAGCUUUAGAAUUCAAGCCUUAUAGUCUUAAGACUUAACUUAUGGUAUUUAAAAGCUUUUAACAUACCUAAGUUGAAAGUUAAGACAAUGACCAAUUGUUAUUGUUUUAAGUGUGUAAAAUAUUUCUUCAAAUCUUUUUUGAAUUUAGGAAUACCUUGUUGAUGAUGAAAAAGAAUCUUAAGAGAAUAAACGCUGGGCCUUUUUAUCCUGUUUGGUGA